AGGAUUGUAAUUUGGUUAACAACUCAAAACCAGGAAAAGUAAUCAAAAGCAAACCCGGCUUGAAUAUGUUAAGCGCAUGGAAUAACGAGUAUCAUCACCGAAACAAUCAUUUGGAGCUAAGACUAAAGAAACUUGGCUUAAGAUUGAACAGGUGGUGGAUCUAUUACAGGUACUCAGGAAAUCCAAACAAAGACCCAUAUAUGCUCACCUCAAGGCCAAAAAAUAUCCCCUUAAUCUCUCUACGAACCGAAGAGUAUGGUGGCUUCUUAUCAAACAAAGAAUUUGUAGGUCAAAAAUGGGAUGAAUUCUGGAGAGCACCCGCCGCAAAUUUACAAAAGGCAGAUAUUCAAAGGAUACCCUUCAAUAAGAACUAUAAGAAGAUACAAAGAUUGCCAUUAAGAGAGCUCAAGUAUAAUGAAAGACCGCGUUAUGUUAACAAAUUCAAUAACGUCAAACAAUUUGAUAUUUUCCACGAUGAUAACACUGAAACAGGCAAAGAGAACCUCGGAAUUAAAAAACCAAAGAAAAAUCUCUCAAAAAAGCCAACUUCAAACACGGUAAAGAAACAGAAAAGCAAGAAAAGUGUACAAGAGCCAUUACGCUUGGUGAACGAGCAAGUGCUAGAAGACUAUGGCUUACUUGACUCCUUUGAAAGGGAGCUUAUAGCAAGCACCAAUUGUACACUAGCAAGAGGUAAUAUUCUUUUACCCUUUGGGGAAAAUAAACAUGAACCUAAAGAAAUAGCUACUCCCGUCUAUUCUGAUUAUCAAUCAGUGGUGAAAGAAGACAAAGCCAAUGAGCAGGAAAAUGUAGAGAGUAAGACUAAUAUGUCCUUUAACUUCGGCUCUUUCAAACCCAAUCCCCAACUUAAUAUUGUUGAGUCUGCAGGGAUGUAUGAGAUUGAUUUGAACAAAGAAUUUGAUUGUGAGAGCUUCUAUCCUAACAAUCAUAUAAAGAGGGCAAUGACAAACAAGCCAAACUAUUACGCUCUAGGUUUUGAUGGGGAUAGAAUUGCAGUUCAGAACGAAAUCAAGGGCGUGGGUCUAAAAGGCUGGAUUUCUAACAAAAUAAGGCCUGAAACUAGAAGUACUUUUGACAAUCGCCUUACCCUAGAUUCACACCCCGUCCGUACUAAUCUUCCACAGAGACUUCCGUUAAUUCAGCAUCCUGAAUUCUUCGACCGGAAUAAGCUUCAAUCAAAAGAAUCAAAACAUAGUAAUAGAGAUCACAAGUACAUCAAUGACUAUAGAGAGUACCAAGUGAAAAACUAUAUAAGAUCAGCCAAAUUGAAGCGAGAGAGGAGGAAAGAAAGCAGAAAGAGACCCCUUUCCAGAAAAAAAAACGACACCGAAAAAGAAAAGGCUAUAACCGUUUUGAAACGAAUCAAAGAUAAUACUAGAGAAAAAUUACGGGAUACCCUAGUUUCAGUGCCAUUGAUACAAAAUAAUGAGCUAGGGAAAGACUUGGUUGAACACAUUGAAAAAAGAAGCAAAAAGCACUCGUCAAAAUCAGGUUUUCAUAAUUGGAGGCUCUUCAAUGGCCAUCGUUACACGAGAGAGGUUCCUGACCAGAACGGUUCAGAAGACACAAAUCUUACAGAAAGAAAACGAAACAAAGCAGCAACUCUUAGACAAAUUUCACAUUUUGAAGCUAUCAAAAUUCCCAAAGUAGUUAAAAUAGUAUCCCCUCCCGAGAGAGAUGGCCCAGAUAAGGAAAAUUGGCCGGAGGGAGAUGUUUGUGAGUAUGUUGAUGAGUACGACAUAAUCGCCGAUUACGAAGAUCUGUCUGAUUGAAACACGUUCAGCAAUGUAUAGAAUGGGGACCUAUAUAUGUUUUGUAAAUGCAACUUCCGGGAAUUAUAUAUGAUGAAUAUACAAUACAUGUAGACUAUGUCAAACAGUUUCAUAUUUCGAGGCUGUGCAUAUUAUGAAACUUGUUUUGCAAUAUAUUUCUAUCCCGA